AUGAGAAAAACCACAGCCAUUGUUUCAUCCUUUGCAAUUCACAUUAUUCUUCUUGCUUCUUCUAUUCCUUUCUCAUGCACCCAACAGAAUGAAAAAACCAGCAACACAGAUUUAAUAGACCAAAUAUGCAAAAAAACACCUUUCUACGACCUAUGCACUUCCAUCCUAAACUCCACCCCACAAACCCCAAAACCCGAUCUAAAAACCGUCGCACUCGUAAUGGUAAACAACAUUCUCUCAAACGCAACCGACACACUAAACUUCAUCGAAGCAUUGAUCAAGAAAACCUCAGAUCGUGAAAUGGAACAGGCAUUGGCUUUCUGUGCUGAAUCAUAUAUCCCUGUUGUGAAGUACACUCUUCCUCAGGCUGCUGAUGCUAUUACUCAAAACCGUUUUGGGUUUGCUGGUUACUGUGUUUCUGAUGCUGUCAAAGAAGUUAACUCUUGUAAUAAGAAGUUUUCAGGCUUGUUGUUGUCACCUUUAGGGGAUAGAAAUGGGAUUGUUCAGAAGCUUGUGGACGUGGCUUCUGCUAUUAUUAAACAACUUUUGAAGGGUUGA